AAAUUGUUAAAAUUCCAAAUAGCAAUGGUGGAGCAGCAGAAAAAGCGACUGGAAGACGCAAUCAGCGGUAUGAUCGAGGACAUGUACCGCACCCACUUGCGCAGGAUGCAGUCCACAAUGCACCGCUGUGCUGCCCGUUGCUGCGAGGAUGAGCGAGGGACGCUGGAGAGCGUGCAGAACUGCAUCGAGAAGUGCGCCGGACCACUGAUGGAUGCACAGGACUAUCUGCAGCACGAGCUGGGCCAGUUUCAGAACCGCCUCCAGAAUUGCGUCAGGGACUGCAACAGCGACGCCCGGGCCCGCCUGCCCAGCAAUCCGAAUGACCGGGACAUGUCCCGAUCCCAGCACAUGUUCGAGAGCUGCACGGGCGGAUGUGUGGAGAAGCAUAUAAACCUAAUUCCUGGGCUGCUCAAGUCGAUCAAGCAGACGCUGGACAGAGGUCCCCCCAAGAGAUCACGUAACAUGGACAUAGACGCCUAACCAAGCGACUAUUCCCCUUUCCUUCCAGUAUCGAUCCACAUUAAAUACUCCAGUCGAGAAGCUGUCAUUGA